UCUUAUUCCGAAGCCAAUGCGCCUCCCCCCGCUACACGAGAACCGAUCGUCGCCUCCUCCUCCUCCGCCUCCCAAAAAUCAAAAUAAAACAGAAAAAUUAAUAAAUAAUAAAAAAACUCGGCAAAGGAGCAUGACGAUGAUGGCGGUGAAGGGACGAACCCUAAACAGAAGUCAGAAGAGAAGAGCUUGAUCUCCGUCGACCACCGCUGACGUUGAUCAUGAAGAGGAGGACCUCCCUCGGCCUCGUCGCCCUGUUCACCGCCCUCGCCCUCGUCGUCACCAUCAAUCUCGAAUUCGAGCGCAUCAAGGUGGAUGCGCAGCGUGCCCAGCCUGUCGUGGCCUCCAAGGGUUCGUGGAGGAGCGUGCUCCAGGGCUUGCCCCACGGCAUCGUCGAAUCCUCCUCUGAUUUGGAGUUCAAAUCUCUGUGGCAGAGUUCCUCUUCUGGUUCUAGAAUAGCAGUGGAGAACACUAAUCACAGCUAUUCAACACUCUUGGCAAUGGCUGUUGGGAUUUCACAGAAAAAAAAUGUGGAUGCCACUGUUCGUAGAUUUUUACUAGGAAAUUGCUCCAUAAUACUCUUCCACUAUGAUGGAAAUACGGAUGGUUGGUGUGAUCUUGAGUGGAAUGACAAAGCAUUACACAUAGUUGCUCGUAACCAGACAAAAUGGUGGUUUGCCAAGAGGUUUCUUCAUCCAGAUGUUGUAUCUGUCUAUGACUACAUCUUUUUAUGGGAUGAAGACCUAGGAGUGGAUAAUUUCCACCUUGAUAGGUACUUGCAUUUAAUGUCUUCUGAAGGUCUGGAAAUAUCUCAACCAGCUUUGGAUCCUCGUCGCUCGGUUGAUAUACACCACCGGAUUACAGUCCGAAAUAGAAUGACAAAGGUUCACAGACGGGUUUACGACCAUCGUGGAAGUCUAAAGUGCUCUGAUGAAAGCCAGGGACCUCCAUGCACCGGAUGGAUAGAAGGGAUGGCUCCUGUCUUUUCUCGAGCUGCAUGGAAAUGUGUGUGGCAUCUCAUUCAGAAUGAUUUGGUACAUGGGUGGGGUUUGGACAUGAAGCUGGGUUAUUGUGCUCAGGGUGACCGAACCAAGAAAGUUGGGGUAAUUGACACCGAGUUCAUUGUUCACAAGGGAAUUCCCACUUUGGGAGGAUCUUCAAAGGUGAAAAACCCAAGAUCCUUGGACUUACGAACCCAUAUCAGAAGGCAGUCAACAUCUGAGCUUGAAACCUUCAAGGCACGCUGGAAUAAAGCUGUCAAGGAAGAUCGAGAAUGGGAACAUCGCGUACGAAAUUUAACAAAAAGGAAAAAAUGAUAAGUGGAUUUCUCACCUCCAUUCAAGGCCUCAAGUUUAAAGAGUCGCCAUUAUUUCUCUAUAAUGCGCGAGGGUAAUUUCAUUAGGCGAGUAUACAAACAGUUACAAUAGCUCCGCCCCUAGUCAGUUAUCAGCCAGUUCUUCUGUUACACAACGAUGCAGAUUUUGUUUUUUCCAGAGUUGAUUACAUAGAAGAACAUAUAGAAGAGGUUGCGUAACAUUGACUGAGUGGAGGCACAGAUGUCUAGCAAAGCAAGAAAUUCACACUAAUUCUUUAUUGAUAGUUUUAGUUUCUUCUAAUGCUAUAUAACAUAGUUAAGAAGUGAAAGGAAAUAUGAGAUGCUGCUGUUGUUGUCCCAUUAAUCGACUUCCAUUGUAUUUACCUUCAUUAUACCAUGUACCUUUUACCUUUUACAUAACCGUGUAGAAUUCUAUCUGAUUUUGAGCUGCUGUAGACAGUCGUAUAAUUCAAACAGUAUAUUUCUUUCCCUGAGAAAUGGGCUUGGAAGGUUGACAGUU